UACCGGCCCCGGCGUCUCCAGCCCCGCCUGCGCCGGGGUCGCUGCAGUCCCCGCGGCCGCCCCGGGCUCCCUCCCCAGGCGCCCCGGCCUCAUUCCAGCCAGGGGAGCGCCUCGGGGGGAGCGCCGGACAGCGAGGGUGGCCGAGGCGGGGGCUCCAGGCGCCCUUGCUCUCCCAACCUGGGAGGCGGCCCCGACUCCGAGAGCCUGAACGCAGGGAAAGGCAAGGACGGGGCGGCCGGCGGAGGGGCGGGCGCCGCUCAUCAGCCACGCCAGUCACGUCUGGGGCCACCCGGCUGCCUUUUUCUUCCUUUCCCCCUUCGCCUUCUCCCCCCACUCCCCUGUUGGCGAGGGCAAAGUGGCCGUGGCGGCGCCAUGCCCGGGCCGGAGUGAGCGCGAGGGCGAAAAUGGCGUACAUCCAGUUGGAACCUUUAAACGAGGGUUUUCUUUCUAGAAUCUCCGAUCUGCUGCUGUGCAGAUGGACUUUCAGGCAUUGCUGUCAGAAGUGUUAUGAGUCCAGCUGUUGCCAGUCGAGUGAGGACGAAGUUGAAAUUCUGGGACCUUUCCCUGCCCAGACUCCUCCCUGGCUGAUGGCCAGCCGGAGUAGCGACAAGGAUGGGGAUUCCGUCCAUACAGCCAGUGAAGUCCCUCUGACCCCAAGGACCAACUCCCCAGAUCGAAGAUGCUCGUCCUCAGACACAUCUAAGUCUACCUACAGCCUGACCCGGAGGAUUUCAAGUCUUGAAUCCAGACGACCCAGCUCCCCACUCAUUGAUAUUAAACCCAUCGAGUUUGGCGUUCUCAGCGCCAAAAAGGAGCCCAUCCAGCCCUCGGUGCUCAGACGGACCUAUACCCCAGAUGACUACUUCAGAAAGUUCGAGCCCCAGCUCUACUCCCUCGACUCCGACAGUGACGAUGUGGACUUUCUGACAGACGAAGAGAUCUUGUCCAAGUACCAGCUGGGCAUGCUGCACUUCAGCACCCAGUACGACCUGCUGCACAACCAUCUGACGGUGAGGGUGAUCGAGGCCAGGGACCUGCCGCCCCCCAUCUCCCACGACGGCUCGCGCCAGGACAUGGCCCACUCCAACCCCUAUGUCAAGAUCUGUCUCCUGCCAGACCAGAAGAACUCUAAGCAGACGGGGGUCAAACGCAAGACCCAGAAGCCCGUGUUUGAGGAGCGUUACACCUUCGAGAUCCCCUUCCUGGAAGCGCAGAGGAGGACCCUGCUGCUAACUGUGGUGGAUUUUGAUAAGUUCUCCCGCCACUGUGUCAUUGGGAAGGUCUCCGUGCCUUUGUGCGAGGUUGACCUGGUGAAAGGCGGACACUGGUGGAAGGCGCUGAUCCCCAGUUCUCAGAAUGAGGUAGAGCUGGGGGAGCUGCUUCUGUCCUUGAAUUAUCUCCCAAGUGCUGGGAGACUGAACGUUGACGUCAUUCGAGCCAAGCAACUUCUUCAGACAGAUGUGAGCCAAGGUUCAGACCCGUUUGUGAAAAUCCAGCUGGUACAUGGACUCAAGCUUGUGAAAACAAAGAAGACAUCCUUCUUAAGAGGAACAAUUGAUCCUUUCUACAAUGAAUCCUUCAGCUUCAAAGUUCCCCAAGAAGAACUGGAAAAUGCCAGCUUAGUGUUUACAGUGUUCGGCCACAACAUGAAGAGCAGCAACGACUUCAUCGGAAGAAUUGUCAUCGGCCAGUAUUCUUCAGGCCCCUCCGAGUCCAACCACUGGCGACGGAUGCUCAACACUCACCGCACUGCCGUGGAGCAGUGGCACAGCCUGAGGUCCCGGGCUGAGUGUGACCGUGUGUCCCCUGCCUCGCUGGAGGUGACCUGAGGGCUGCAGGAAAAGCAGCUUUCGUUUGUUUAAAAAAAAAAAAAAAAAAAAAAGGGAAGAAAAUUUAAGACGGAAAAAAAUGUGUCACAUGCCUGUUACAUCCACACUUACACACUCACAACACACACACACACACACACACACACACACACACACACACACACACCCUAAAUCCUCUCAGAACAGAGAGGAAGCUGACUACUGAACACAAAAUGGCUGCCCUCAAUGAGCAAGGCCUGAGAACUUUCUGGAAACCCCAUCUAUAUGUCACAAGCUGACUGGGCUCUGCCGUGAGACUCAUUGGCAGUGUUUGUUCCUGUUGAUACCCCUGCCUCAAAAUGCACUUUCCACCCUCAGGCCAGAGAAAGGGCCUCCUCAAGGGCGCCAGCCUCCUUUGAGACGAAAUUCUGCAAGAGCGUGGCCACUGUGUGGGAGGCCCGACCCCCAUGUCCAAAAUGCACACCCGCUGACUGGGUGACUUCUGAGCAGGCCGCUGAUCCCUGGGGUUCUUCCAACCUGAUACCUUUCCCCCAAAGUGUAAGUACUUUGCCUUCUCUUUAGUGGACGUGAUAGAUUAGACUAUUUGGAGAAAACAAAUGGCAACAAAAAAUAUUCCAGUGUAAGAAACUUCCCUGGCUUCACUGAAUUUGUCCUUGUGUUAGCUUAUUCCUGGGGACCCCCUGUGGGUACGUGUGUGGAUGUUCUCACGUGGGUGCCCUCACAGGUGAACGUGUGUGUGUGUCCCCGUGUGUCCUCUUGGUGAGCACCUCCGUCCUGAGCUCUCCCUUCUCUCUGCCUCUCCCUGUGAAAUUUCACCCAGUGUCCUCCCGUCUGUCAAGACCCCACCUUCAGUAACAGCAUGUGCGUAUGUCAAGUAAAUAGAAUAUGAUAGAGCAAAAGUAACCUUCUUUGACCGAAUCCUGGUAACAGUGACACACAGAAGACCUGCAAAGGACAGUUACGCAGAUUAAAAUGGCCACCACACCCCCUAUCCAAGAUGACUUCUUCCUUGUCAUACUCCGAGGAUCUCUCUGUGUUUGUGUGUGAACCAAAGUCAUUUUUCUCAUGCUAAGGAAUUAGUGUAGUUAGGCUAGAUCUCUCCCCGUUGGAUGCUUCUGUAUCUUUCCCACAGCCUAUUGUCUGGCAUAAUGGGGAGCUAUUUAUUGAAAUUAAAGAUUAUUUAUUUGUGCCAUGCA